UGGGGGGAGGGUUGGGGGCGAGAGAGAAAGUAACUCCAGGACGAGACCGGAGCGACCCGCGCAGCGAGCAUAGGCGGCGAGGCUGCGCCCGGCGCCCGAGACCGGCGACUGCGGGGGGCGGGGGCUGCGCCCGAGCCGGAUCCGGCGCUCCGGCUCCGAGCAGUGGUGUCGGGGAAAGGUCGUUGUCCAGCACAGAUGCGUUUGCCGGAGGCAGCACUGGAGGUUCUGGUCGAGGCGUAAAGCCUGGGGCUUCCAAUGGCGCCCUAGGGAAGAGGUGGCUUCCUGCGUGACUUUUGCUCUUCCCCUGGCUUCUGCCAAAGGAGGCUGCUCUGUGUCUGGCCGUUCACAAACUGCAUCUUAACCACGGUGGAGACGGUGUUCAGAGAGGUCCCGGGCUCCCCAGCCCAUGGAGGCUGGGGGAUCCUCCCUGAGCUGUGGUCCACGGGGCUCUCUGCUGAUGCAAGAGGAGACACGCUUGGUAACGUGGCUCUGAACCAAAAUACCAGGAAAAUCAGAUUUGUUCUGAAACAUUUUGGGGCAGUAAUGAUACUCUGGGCAGCGAUGGAAGCCUAGAUGCCUCACCGCAAGGAGCGGCCGAGCGGGUCCUCGCUUCAUGCCCACGGCAGCGCCAGCACCGCGGAGGGAGGAAGCAUGUCCCGGUUAUCUCUUACCCGGUCGCCCGUGUCUCCCCUGGCCGCCCAGGGCAUCCCACUGCCAGCCCAGCUCACCAAGUCCAAUGCACCUGUGCACAUCGACGUGGGUGGCCACAUGUACACCAGCAGUCUGGCCACGCUCACCAAGUACCCCGACUCCAGAAUAAGCCGCCUCUUCAAUGGCACCGAGCCCAUCGUCCUGGACAGUUUGAAACAACAUUAUUUCAUCGACCGGGAUGGGGAGAUUUUCCGCUACGUCCUGAGCUUCCUGCGGACGUCCAAGCUGCUGCUCCCGGAUGACUUCAAGGACUUCAGCCUGCUGUACGAGGAGGCGCGGUACUACCAGCUGCAGCCCAUGGUGCGCGAGCUGGAGCGCUGGCAGCAGGAGCAGGAGCAGCGCCGACGCAGCCGCGCCUGUGACUGCCUCGUGGUGCGCGUCACGCCGGACCUGGGCGAGCGCAUUGCGCUCAGCGGCGAGAAGGCCCUCAUCGAGGAGGUCUUCCCCGAGACCGGGGACGUCAUGUGCAACUCUGUCAACGCCGGCUGGAACCAGGACCCCACGCACGUCAUCCGCUUCCCGCUCAACGGCUACUGCCGGCUCAACUCCGUGCAGGUGCUGGAAAGGCUGUUCCAGAGGGGUUUCAGUGUGGCUGCAUCCUGUGGGGGUGGCGUGGACUCCUCCCAGUUCAGCGAGUAUGUGCUGUGCCGUGAGGAGCGGCGGCCGCAGCCCACCCCCACUGCGGUCCGGAUAAAGCAGGAGCCCCUGGACUAGGCCCCUCCUCAGUGCCCGCCUGAGGCCGUCUGGCCCUGGGGACACCCCAGGGACCUGGAAACAGUGCUGGGGAGUUCUGCCUCUGCCUGCAGCAGUGGGCAUGAGACUGAGGGUGGGGCUGGAGGGUCCAGAGCCAGCCCGGGGAGCCGCAGGUAUCCUGGCAACAGCGCGUGGGAUGCCGGAGACACGCCCACCGAAGGACCGUUGAUGUGACCCAAAGCUGCUGCGGUGGGAACAGUUCUCCCGGCACUUCGGCUCCCUGGCCCGGCGCGGCCUGCUCCGAGGCAGGGUCAGCAGAGGCCUCCGGGCCCACGCCGGGGGAGCCGUUCAUCCUUCUCCACGCGUGGCAGUCUCCGCUGGGUCUCCUUGUGUCACAGAUGGCUUAUUUUUCUACACUAUUUAAGAUGGAAGGAACUAACUGCACAAGCCAGAGAGGCUGACAAGGACCAACGCUUCUUCAUCUGGUGCUCCGUUCGUAGCUGGACGGGCAGUGUGCCCCCCCGCAGGUGCCCGCAGAGUGGGGCUUGGAGACUUCUGGUCCCUGCUCCAGAGACAGACGCAAGAGCGGCAAUGCCGUAGGAACUGAAGCAGGGCCCCCAGGGGGCAGGGCUGCCGGGAGGAGGGCUGUGUGGGUGUGGGGGAUGGAUGGCUCUGGAACCAUCUGAGACCCUCCCCUUUGCUGCCACCCAGGGUGCAGGCCACACUUGGUGAGUCACCUGACCUACCAAUGCCCCAGGGGCUUCCAGUCCUGUCUGAGUGUCCUCACCUGGGCUUCUGCAGAAGUCUCUCCCCAUCCAGACCAGCCACGGGGCCACACCGCAUCCUUACCUCAGGAAUGGGCCCCAUGGUGAAGGGGCCCAUGUGUCAGCAGCAUCCUCUGGGUCCCCAGCUCAGGAAGCCGUCCCCAGCUCCACUUUUCCCACACUAAUAUGCACACUGAAUUUGAAUGAAACUGUUACACUAGCUUGCCGAUGAGACUGGGACACAAGGCGUACCUGGGGCUCUGGGCUCCGGAUUCCAACAAGGACCGGCCACGAGGGGUCCUCCCAGACAACAGGCACAAAGGUGGACACCCCUCCCUUGUCCCCCUUCCCCGCGCUGGCUCCGCCCGGGUGGGGAAGUCUUGGAGGGGCACCCCAGCCGGCCCCGCGCUGUGUAUGAUGCCUGCAGACUUGUAUAUGACUCCUUUAAUGUAAAGAUGCCGAUGUACAAUUGUGUGUGUGUGUAAACACAUUACGUUCCUAGUUCAUGCCAUAAAUGAUGCUCUAAAGCAAACGACUCAGGCUCCGUCCUGUGCAGAAGCGACAGCCGGAUCCCGCCUGGCACGCAGUGCGGAGUGUGGGGUGGUUUGGGGGCGGGGUCCCCCCCAAUCGGGAAGAAACAGACCCCUCUCUCCCACGCAGCCCUAGCUGGGGGAGGGGAAGGGGCAGGGUCCCAAGCGGCCGUUAUUUAUUACAUUUGGGUGUUUCCUCUCUGCUGUGCCUGUCCCCUCUGGGCAGCACAGAUUCUGAAUUCUGAUUCACAGGCCCGAACCAGAUGCCAUACAGGGGGAAGGCAGACAGAAGGUUUCCGGGGGCUUUUGAACCUAGUCUUAAAUGUUUGAGAUUUUUCCCUCCCUGGCUCUGGGUUGAGGUCGGCGUCCUCUUAGCACCCCCCAAAGCAGUAGAAGGUGGCCAGCCAUGGCUCCGUCCAUCCCGGGGUCCUCGCAGCCCCCGGCAUGAGAACCAUAGGCCAGCGGAGCACGGAACAAGGUCUCAGUGUGCCUCUUUCCAGGGGUAGGCCUCCCGUUUUAAUAAGUCUUUUUGUGUUUUUCCUCAAAGCCCUUAUGUUCUAACCCACGAGGACCCUUUUACAUGCCCGGUAAGGGGCACCAGCUUCAACCUGCCUGCAGGACGGGAGCACAGAGAGCCUCAUCCCGUCAGAGGCCACAAAGCAGACGCCAUCCGCUGUACAAUCUAAUUUGCGGGACAGACUUACUAGCCUUCUUUGCUUAGCAACGCGCCUACGGUUGGCACAUCUGCAUUUUGGCAUCUGAGGCUCACGUCUGAGAGGGAGAGAAAGUGUGCUUAUUAGAAAGGAAGUCUUGUGGAAACAGCUGAGUGCUGCCUGUGUUUGGGGUUUUUCUGGUAUGAUAGCCAGGAUGGUUACUGGUGGCUGGAGAUCCCCUAACAUUUUCAAGCAAACUCUCUUUUUGAUUAGACC